UCUAUAAAUAAGCAAAUGUGAAAAGUCCUUUUUAAGUUUAAGGUACUAUGAUUUACACGUCCCUUUUCCAAAUAUAAAAAAAUUGUUCUUUAAUUAAUAUAUUGCAUUCUCUUAUUACUGUUGGAAAUAUUUUAUGACUUUUUAUAAAAUAUUUUGAUAGUAUAAUCUGUCUGAGUCCCAGUUUGGCAGUAAAGACUACAGGAAUGUUUAUGGACCUCCCCGAAUAGCGGAGAGGAGCUUCCCAUUGGUCCGUUAGUUCGUGAGGUGUCAAAUGUCCCAUGCGGCUUUGAACGCAGCUUACUUUACCGAGGAAAAGUGGAUUUUAAUUAGGCAGAAAAGUUUGUAAAAGUAGUUUUAUGACUCGUGUGAGAAAAACAGUUAUUCGGUGCGACUUGCAGAGAACAACAGUGAUAUCGGGGUGAGUUUUUUCUAAACUCUGACAACUCGCUUGAACUCGGUGGGUUUUGCUCUGAUUUUGGCGCAGGAAGUCCCCCAAAACCAACCAUGUCCCAGUCAGAGCAGAAAGAAACCGCAGACAAGCAGACAGUGAGCUCGGAACCGGAACCUCAAAGUGCUUCUGUAAACCCGAGAGCAGUCUGCAGGGUGUGCAAACACUUGUACCGGGAGCCCAAAAUCCUGCCCUGCCUGCACACCUUCUGCUCCGACUGCAUCGGGCAGCUGGAGCCGUUUUCGACGUCUCCGCGGGGCCACUUCACCGCACCGGAGGGCGGAGGUAGGAGCGGGGAGGCGGCGGAACAGGACCGAGACUCCCUCUCGUUCACCGUGCUCUGCCCAGAGUGUGACACCGAGGUGGAUAUCCCUCGGUCCGGACCGGCCGGACUCAGCACAGACCACCUGGCGCUGGACGAGGUAUUCCUGGAGACCCUGGUGAGCGACGGCCCGCUGGGCUGCGACCUGUGCGGCGAAGGAAGCGCCGAGAGCCGCUGCGAGGUGUGCAGCCUGAACCUGUGCGAGUUCUGCCGCCAGGCGCACAGGCGGCAGAAGCGAACCGCGUCUCAUUCUAUUCAGGCCGUGACGGAGCUGAAAGCCCGCGGUCGUCUGUGCCGCCCCGUCCUCUGCUCCCUUCACCCCGGGCAGGAGCUGAGGCUCUUCUGUCAGCCCUGCGACCUGCCGGUCUGUCUGGAGUGCGCGGCCACGCUGCACCGGGACCACCGCUGCUGUCCGACACACGACGUUAUCGACCGUCAUGGCGACCGGAUACGAGAGCUGGUCAGCGCGCGCCUUCGGCCUCGUCUGGAGCGACUGGAGGACUCGCUGCAAAAGGUGGAAAUUUCUCAAGAAAAUUUGCAGGUUCGAGCAGAUGAAACCGCCAAUCAGAUUAGAGUUUUCGCACGAGAGUACACCAGUGCGGUGGAGGCUCACUGCUUGUCUCUGCUGCGCCGCCUGGAGGAGAUCAGGGUGCAACGCAGAAACCACCUCCACCUGCAGAGGGCGCAGCUGCAGCAGGCCCUGCUGGACGUCAGAGGGAGCGUGGAGUUUGCGGAGCGGCUGCUGAGCUGUGGCUCCGACGCUGAGAUCCUCAGUGCUAAAGGAGUGACCCUGAGGAGACUGACCAGCCUGGCGGAGAGCGGGUACGACCCCCACCCAGCGACGGUCGCCCCUGACGACGGCGGCAGUGUCUGCUUCCUGCCCAGGGAGCCGGCAGGAGAGGUGGAGGGCUACCCGUUGGUGGGCGUGAUCCACUCCAGGACGGUGGACGUCAGCAGGUGCACCGUUGAAGGAGAAGGUCUGCAGCAGGGAACGGUAGCCCAGCGGGGACAUUUUACUCUGGUGUGUCGGGACUCCGGUGGGGAGCGGCUGGCUCGAGGAGGAGAACACGUCCUGGUCAGCAUCGUCCACAAAGAGAAGAAGAACUGUCACUUUGCCAUUGUGCCCUUGGGCUUGACACUUCACCCAUUUUGGUUGCUGGUGGUCAGUGGGCCUCGUGGUGCCGAUUGA